AUGUUUGAGUUUAUGGUUGAACAAUCCGACAAGAAAGAAUAUGUGGUUGGGUGUUCUCAGGAAGGAUGUACUUGGUUAUGCCAAUCGUCAAAAUGGGGUAAAACGAAUCUAUUUAAUAUUCGAAAGAUUGAUAGUCACACAUGUGCAUCAAAUGUGGUGUUGGGGUCACACAGACAAGUAUCAGCUGCAGUUGUGUCAUCUAGCAUCAAGUACAAGUACACAUCGGCUGGCACCAUAUACACACCAAAGGACAUAUGCAGUGAUAUGCUACAUACUUUUGGAGUAUAUUUGAAUUACUCAAAAGCUUGGAGAUCCCGUGAACAAACAUUGAAGAUGAUUAGGGAUGAUCCGACGGAAUCAUUCGAGUUGGAGGUCGAUAGUCACAAUAGGUUCAAGUAUUGUUUUAUGGCACUCGGUGCAUCAAUACGAGGGUGGCAACAUUGUAGGCCCAUAAUUGUCGUUGACGGGGAUAAUGAGAACGACAAAUCUUGGAUAUGGUUUUUAGAGAAACUGAAGAAUGCAUAUGGGUACAGAGAAGGAUUGUGCUUUGUAUCGGACCAUCAUGGCAAUAUAAAGAAAGCAAUAGAACAGGUGUAUUCGGGAAGUUGCCAUGGUAUCUGCUCGUACCAUUUGCUGCAGAAUCUAAAAUCAUAUUAUGGGAAAUCAGGAAAAAAUAUUAUGCAGGCUUUCAAUUCGGCUAUCCGCGCUUACACAUUAGAAGAAUUUGAAUACAACAUGCAACAACCGGACGCAAUGAAUGAUAAGAUUCGUGAUUACCUGGAUGAAGUAAGCCCUGAAAAGUGGUCACGAAUACAUAUGCCGGCAAACAGAUAUUCUACAAUGAUAUCAAACAUAGUAAACGCGGUCACAAAGGCAACUAAGAAUUACCCCAUUGUAUUCUUGCUGGAGUCAUUGCGACAAAUAGUACAAAAUUGGUUCUAUAAACGGAGAGACGAAGCGCGUGGAACUUUCACGAUGUUGACUAGCAAGUUCGAGAAUGUCAUGAGGAGAAUAAGUUCAGAACUAAGGAACUUGAGGGUAUCUCCUUCCAACCAAACAGUGUUCUCCGUGAGCGAUGAAAGGUCAAUAUUUGUUGUUGACAUUGAGCAAUGUACAUGCACUUGCAGGAUGCUGCAGGUCGAUCUGAUGCCUUGUUCACAUGCAUUGGUUGUAAUCGCACAUAUGAAAAGGGAUGCAUAUUCUUACUGUUCUUAUUGUUACACAAAGGAUGCAUAUGUAAAUGCUUACGAAAGUUUGGUAUAUCCUGUUGGAAAUCCAGACGAAUGGAGAGUGCCCAAUGAAGUAAAAUUUCAAAUUGUUUUAGCUCCUAAUCAGAAGCGGAGUUCUAGAAGACCUACUGAGAAGAGGAAGAGAUCAUCUAGGGAAGGAAAACCAAAAAUAAGAUGUGGAUGUUGUGGUGCACAUGGUCACAACCAUAGGAGAUGUUUCGUCCCAUUAAGUAAGAAAGGUUGA